AUGCCGUUCAACGAACACUAUCACGAUGAUAUAAUGUACAUCACGCAAAUGACACGUAACGUUCUGGGUCUGCUCGGGGUCUGGCCGUCCAUCAACCGGAAGAGAUCCAUCGGUGAAAAGUUCCGCAAGUUUGUCCAGAUCACAAUCUCCUACGCUCUCCUCUACUGCGUUUUGAUUCCCGGCCUCCUCUUCUGGCUAAUCGAGCAGAGGACGCGCGUACGAAUUCAAACGAUCCCUCUGAUCUUCUACGGCUUCAUGGCCACCAGUAAAUAUGGCAACUUGAUAUUUCGUGAAGGGCAGAUCAAGCGUUGCCUGAAACACAUCGAGGAGGACUGGAAGAACACGAUGAGCGUGGACGCGCGGGACACGAUGAUCGAAUCCGCGAAGACCGGUAGACGCUUGGUCGCGCUUUGCGGGGCCUUCAUGUAUGGCAGCGGACUCUCCUUCCGCUCGAUCUUGCCGUUGUCCAAAGGGAAGAUCGUCACCCCGCAGAACCUCACGAUCAAACCCUUGCCUUGUCCAGCUUAUUUCGUUUUCUUUGAUAUUCAAGUCAGCCCUGCUUACGAGACGAUCUUUCUCAUUCAGUUUUUGUCCGGCAUAGUUACCUAUUCGAUAACGGUGGGUAUGUGCGGUCUCGCGGCUGUCUUCGCGAUGCACGCUUGCGGCCAGCUGAAGAUUCUGAUGGAGCUGAUGAGAAGUCUGGUUGAAGAGCGGUGGGAAGAGAAAUAUGACGUGGACAGAAGACUGGCCGAAAUGGUCGAGCAUCAAAUAAGAGUACGAAACUUUUUGCAAUUGGUAGAGCAUACUCUACAACAAGCAUGUUUGAUCGAAUUAAUGGGGUGCACGAUAAUCGUCUGCAUUCUGGGAUAUUGUAUAAUAAUGGAAUGGGAGAAUAGCAACCCGAUAGCUAUGUGCUCCUAUUUUAUAACAAUUACAUCUCUAAUGAUAAACAUGUUCUUGUUUUGUUACACUGGUGAGCAGCUCACUGUACAGGCGGAGAAAGUAGCUAGUACAUCGUGCGAUCUCGAGUGGUACCGUCUUCCGGAUAAAAAGGCGCGCGGGAUCGUGCUGGUGAUGAUCAUGUCGAAUUCACCCACGAAGAUCACUGCUGGAAAGAUCAUGGACCUAUCAUUCAAGACAUUUGGUGAUGUUGUUAAAGCAUCUGUAACGUAUUUUAAUAUGCUGCGCAAUGUCGCCGACUAA